UUUCCGUGCAAUCUUCUUCGUUCGUGCAGAUCUCGCCUCCGGUAAUCGGUCUUAGCCUCUUUCCUAUUGUGGCCUGAUACUGAGAGGAUUCAAAGCUUAACGACCGGAUAACCAUGGCGACGGCUUCAGUUCCUUUUAAGUGUAGGAAAGAUCAUAGGAAGCAAAUGGAAUUAGAGGAAGCUCGUAAAGCCGGGCUUGCUCCAACUGCAGUAGAUGAGGAUGGAAAUGAAAUCAAUCCUCGCAUUCCUCGGUUUAUUGCAGGCGCUCCAUGAGCUUGGAGCAUCAAAAAUAAACCCAAGACUGAUCGUAAUUACACUGAUUGGUGGUAUGACAGAGGUGCAAAAGAUCUUUCACGCCGAUAAACACCGGGAAGGAUCGUGUUCAAAGGAGAUAAUCAAAGUAGAAACAGUGGCCUAGCCCUGGAGACGAAACAUAUGAACGUGUCUAUUCGUUGGAAGCAAUUGAAAAGGGACUGGACAUGCAAUGUGCAAGCGACUCCAACACAAGCUGAGUUGCUCUAUAACAACUUGCAAAGGAGAAACUGAGAUCUCAAACAAUGGAGACAAUCUUGCAAAAGUACGGGAACGCAGCUACAGUAGAUGAAAUUCCCAAGGAGCUUUUGCUUGAGCAAGCGAAAGUCAAGUUGAGUAUGACCGAGCGGGGAGGACUAUGUUGUAAUGCCCACAUAACAUUGGUUUGGUUUGGUUUGGUUUGGUUUAACAACGGAUAUUGGUUUGGCCAAACCGAUUCUGAAUCGAACUAAUUCUUUCUCGUCUGAACUCAACCAAAUUAACUCCUGAUUCUCACAUUUCAACUCUGUGAGACCUAAAUUUGCGAAAUUAAAGCAUUGAGAUAUUUUUCCGUGAUUCAUUUCCAUUUUCGUUUUCUAGUUCUUCCAAUUAGGUCCAACUACAACUAUAAGAACAAUGACUAUUCAUUUUCCCAGCCAAACACUUAGCAAUUAAGCACAUUUACCUAAAAACGCUUUGAAUUUCAAAAAGAGUCAAAAAAAAGAAGAAAAUCAUAAUACCGACCGUUGCUCUGUUCCUCGUCAGACUUCAGUCACUGAUAUAAAAAAAUCUCACCUUGAAAACAUCAUUAGUUCUUCUUCUUAUCCACAGAACAAAGAGAGAACCAGGGAUAGAGAUAGAGAACAGGGAGGGAAAGGAGAGAAGUUGAAAUUUUGAAAACUAAAUCAGUGAGACUCAAUCACAAUGCCUGCGUUGAGAACGAGAACGAAAUCUUCUACACCCGUCGUCACAAACCCUAAUCCAACGACCGGAGGAACCUCAAACGUCUCCAUCUACGAGAAAUGCAGGGAAGACAGGAUCAAGGAGAAUCUCCAGAGGAUGCAGAAUCUCGGCAUCUUGGAUCUCUCACACAAACUCAAAUCUGAGAUCCGACCCCUCAAAAGGCGUUACACCAAAGCCGAUUCGAAUCCGGAUCGUAGAUCCACGGCCCGAGAUACGCCUCCUCUUCAACUCUCCGUCACCACCAGACGAUCCUCAAGAUUGAAGAACGCAGCGCCGGUUACCUACUUCGAGGAAGCCGAAACAAAGAAGGGUAAAGCAUCUAAAGAAGUGAUUUUGUGGCUCGGAGAAGGCGAAAGGCCAGAGAUUUAUACGGAGGAGCAUGAUAAACUGCUAGGUAACACAGAACGAACCUGGGAGCUUUUUGUCGAUGGUUAUGCCAAAGAUGGGAAACGGAUUUAUGAUCCUGUUAGAGGAAAGACUUGCCACCAGUGCAGGCAGAAAACGCUCGGUUAUCGCACACAAUGCAGCAAAUGUCACCCAUCGGUCAUGGGUCAAUUCUGUGGAGAUUGUUUGUACAUGAGGUAUGGAGAACAUGUGCUUGAAACCCUGGAAAAUCCGGACUGGACUUGUCCUGGCUGUCGCGGGAUCUGCAACUGCAGUUUAUGUCGUAAGCAGAAAGGGUGGUUGCCUACCGGCGCAGCUUACAGGAAGGUAGCUAUCUUGAUUAUUACCCGUUUUGCAGAUUCUCUCGUGUUGCAGAAUCGACAUUUAAAGGCUUUUCUUUUUCAGAUAUGUAAGCUCGGGUACAAGUCUGUUGCGCACUAUCUGAUUCAAACCAACAAGCAGUCAGAAACAAGUGAGGGUGACCAAACUGAGGACGCUCCAUCUCAAGCUUUCAAAGAAGCAAAUACAUCUUCUUCUGAAGAUGGUCUCCUCCAGAUCACCGAUGGGCGUGAGCUUCAAGACCAUAGUCUUGGUGAUGAAGGCACAAACAAGAGUCCGGACUCAGCUACAAAGUCGCUGAGCUUCUUGCCAUCUGAGGACAAUCAAACUUCAGCGAUUGAUGUUCAUGUUCUAGGUGAUGUCACGCCAUUAGAUGUGAAGGAGAUGGAUCCAGCAAGUUCUGGGGUCAUGGUGUUUCAUUCUGCAGACAAAGAGAACGGAGAAACAAGAGGAAGCAAGAGAAAAAUGUCUGUUGAGCCAAACGCAAAUAGUAUUGGUGGAAGACUGAGGCAGCGUCGUAAGAGUCAAGCGUGA